CCUGGACCUCACCUUUGCCGCCAGGCCUCACUGCCAGCCUCGAGCCCGGCCUCUUCGAGCUGCCCCCUCCUUGCCCCUUUCCCUCCUCACGGCUCCCCUACUCCUCUUCACUCGUCACCCCUCCCUCCAUCUGUACGCCUCGUCAUUCUCGUCUCUUCAAAUCUCAGGUUCUCUCUCAAGUCUCUUACUCUAGAUCUCCCGCAUCAUCAGUCGUAGUCUUCUUCUCUGGAGAGGAAGGAACGCGACACCUGUCUCCUGGUUCCCACUCACGAUACUUUCAAGACCCCACCUCACUCAUCAGACCUCCUCAAGCUCUCCACUCGCAUAGAUUCCCCAGCACAACUACGUACAAUCUCUAAUGAGGCUGCUUUCUCUUCCCGUCGUUUUCAUCGCGCUUUCGACAGCCUCACAAGUCUCAGCAAACAGCCUACGCGACACAGCUGAUGCAGAUGGUCUCGCACGUCGCGCCCUUGCUGGGUCCUUGAGCCAGAAGGGCUUUGAGAUUCGAAGGAGGUCGCUCAGGCAGCACCACGAUCUCAUCAGCAAGCGUGCAGAUGAAGAGAAUGACGAUGUCGCGGCAGACAGCAGCGAUUCCUCCGCUAGUGCGAGUGCCACCUCAACACGGUCAAGGACUACCAGACGAUCAACCAGCACUAGGCGGACCAGCACAAGAACAAGGUCGUCGGAGUCGGCUUCUCCAGACCCAACCACAUCAGUCGACGACAGUGAAGCAGGGAGCAGCAGCAGCAGUGGGAGAAGCAGCAGAAACAGCAGUACAGCUACCAGCAGCAGCACAGCAGCCCUCUCGUCCGUGACGCAGGCCGCUGCUAGCUCUUCCCGAGCCGCUGCUAAGCUGGCCGCCGCCUCGAGCGCUUCAGAAGCAAGCCUCUCAUCAGCCUCUGCCGCGGCUGCCUCAUCGCAUUCCCUUGCCAGCGUCUCGUCGAUUGCAGCAGCCAACGCCUCUUCCUCACUAGCCGAAGCAUCCUCUGUUUCCUCGGCCGCUUCCGCCUCGUCCGCUUCGCUCGCAUCAGCCUCGUUGGCAUCAGUGGAGUCCAUUGCUUCAGCAUCAUCCGUCGCCUCUCUUGCAUCGGCAUCAGCAGCUGCCUCUGCCGCUUCAGCCGCCUCGGCUGCUGCUGCCACUGCUGCCAGUGAGACUGCCCAGGACACCGCUACCGGAACCUCUCCUUCCUCGGCCUCGAGCACAGAGUUCCUUAUCACCACCAGCGUUGACGGAGGCUACACUGUCAUCACAUCGUACCAGACCGUGGCAGCUACCGGCGGUGUGACCAAUCCGCUCAAGGCAACAUCGGCUUCAUCGUCAGACAGUAGUCUGAGCAAGGGAGCCAUUGUCGCCAUUGCCGUCUCCUUGGGAACUAUCAUGCUCCUCGCCGUCGUCUUCACCAUCAUCCGCAAGCGCCGACAGGCUCUUUCCCGAGCCAUCCGUCCUCUCAGCUUCGACCCUACCCCGAAUUAUGGGACCAGAGGCGACACUCAUUCGACACACCGUGACAUGACUCGUACCUCUCAGGAGAGCUGGCUAGGCGGCCGGCCCAUGAGUGGCGUCUCUGAGCGCGACGCCGACAUCUUGCCACCAAUGACAGAGGCCAGCCAUGGCAAUCGAGUCGUGAGCGAUGGCUACUCUGGUGGCUACACUGUCGGCGGCAUCACUGCUGCAGCUCCUCAGUACGGCUACGCCGGUCAGGAUGACUACGCUGGCUCUGGUGCGCACUACGAUGGGUCGAAUCAUGCAGGAUACCAAACCGCUUCCGCUCCAGGCUACGGCGCUCCUGCCUAUCCUGAGGCUGUGGGAACAGAGGUCACGGGCUACGCAGACCUGCAGCGUGGUCCUUCUAGUAGCAGCGGUCACUCGCACGGCUCGUAUGGGGAGCGUGCGUACGGAAUGGCCUAUGGUGGAACAGACCGUCCGGAAGACGACCCCUUCCAGUAUCCAUCGAGCUCCAGCAGAGAUGCGAUUGGUACGACGAGGUGGUCUGGAUGAUGGGCAUGAUGGGCAAGGGCGAGAGUGCUGACGAGUGACCGUAAAUGUGUAGGGAAAGGGUGAAGAGCGCAUCGGCUUCGAGCUGCUUUGCAGCACCCACCUCAGCCACCCUACACAGCGCAGCAGCUUCGAGCGAAGCCAGCUUGCAGCGCCACCGCAGCUACCGUCCUCUGCUUCUGGCGAAAGCGCCAGGCUUCUGUACAUAGCCGCCUAUGUCGUGUAUCUGCGCCAUUGACUGGCGUCGCUUCGUCUUCACUUCUCAGCUCUACUUGUUCUGCACUGGUUGGAAGAGCAUCAGAGCCGAGCCCGCGUUGUAUCUCGCAUUGUGCAUACCCCGUUUUGACUCCAUUUUUCAUGCCUUUUGUAAUUGCACGAGAAAAUGGAAUCGUUAUCCUCAAUC